GUGAACUCAAACACUUUGGCAAGUAUAACGUUGACAUUAGUUGACGCAAACUUUGUUCCUGUAAAACUUUUAUGUCCUAUGUAUUUGUCAAUGACGGCAGAAAGUUUCGAAUUGGAAGAUGCAACUGGUGAAAGUAUUGUAUUACAAGAACAACUUCAACAACAAAUAGCUCAAGAACAACAAAUGCAACAAAUGGAACAACAAAGUCAAGAAUAA